AAACGGUUUGCGUUUUGUCUUUAUUUACCACCAGAAGCCUCCAUGUUUGCCUUGCAGUAAGGCCGCUUUAAGCUAUAAGCAGGUUCUCCACCACACAGGCUGAAAUUACCCAGCGUAUACCAUGUCUAACGUCGAAAUCCUAAAACAGGCGGAAAGUGCUUUCAAAACGGGAGAUCUGCGUACUGCAGAAGAAUCUUAUGUUCAUCUCUUGAAGCUGCCUUCUUCCAAGUCGGAAACGCUCGCGAAUGAGCAAGAAGAAGCACUUCUUCACCUCGCUGAUUUGUUUGUAAAGGAGAACCGUACUGAGAAUCUCGCUGAGUUAAUUCGUUCUUCGCGUACUUUAAUGGUCAAUUUCUCAAAGGCCAAAUCUGCUAAAUUAAUUCGUACUCUCAUUGACAAACUCUCGGAGUGUCAGAAUGCUUUACCAAUCCAAAUUUCCAUUACUAAAGACUGUAUCAAAUGGGCUGGCGAAGAAAAGCGUACUUUCCUGCGUCAGGCUUUAGAAACGAGACUUGUAUCUUUGUUAUAUGAAAAUGCUUCGUAUGCUGAGGCAUUGGAACUCAUUAAUACCCUCCUGGGGAGCUUAAAAAGAAUGGACGACAAGCUUGUUCUUACAGAAGUACACCUGCUUGAAUCCAGAGUGUACCACGCCAUCCGAAACCUCCCGAAAGCUCGUGCUGCUUUAACAGCAGCUCGUACUUCUGCUAAUGCCAUCUACUGUCCCCCAGCGCUGCAGGGUGGUUUAGAUUUACAGAGUGGUAUUCUGCAUGCAGAAGACAUGGACUUUAAAACCGCUUACUCUUAUUUUUACGAAGCUUAUGAAGGUUACACCUCACUGAAUGACGACAAAAAGGCACUUGCCUCCUUAAAAUACAUGCUCCUUUCCCAAAUUAUGCUUAAUUCGGCUUCAGAAGUGAAAUCACUUUUGUCUGGAAAGCACGCAAUAAAGUUUGCUGGUCGUGACUUAGAUGCUAUGCGUGCAGUUGCUAAGGCUCAUGAGGACCGUUCACUCGCCGCUUUCGAAAAAACCUUGCUGGAAUACAAGAGUGAGUUGGCUUCGGAUCCUGUUAUUCGCUCUCACUUUUCUGCUCUAUAUGACAACCUUCUGGAGCAGAACUUGCUCCGUGUCAUUGAACCUUUUAGCCGUGUCGAGGUCGCUCAUGUCGCCAAACUUAUUGGACUUUCCACUGCUCAAGUGGAGGGAAAGCUCAGUCAGAUGAUUUUGGACAAAGUGUUUUACGGUAUCCUUGAUCAAGGCAGUGGUUGCCUUAUAAUCUUUGACGAACCCCAACAAGACAAAACCUAUGAGGCUGCGCUUGAAGUAAUCAAGCACAUGGGAAACGUUGUGGAUUUGUUGAUUGAAAACAAGGCUUCCUCUUUGUUUUAGUCAUGAAUAAAAGAUUGCUUUUGUCCAAAAAGUAAGCUUGAAAACUUGUUAGUCUAUCGGUUACGGGAAAGAUGAAAAAAAGGGGGAAGAUCUUAAACUUGUUCAUCAAAUUCUAUGUUGUCAUCGACUGUGAGGGCAAUGCUGGGAUCACUGCCUUCGCUAUUUUCGCCGUACUUAGUUGCUCUCCAACCAGUAGGUGUGCUUUCGUCCUUUACAAGCUCGACUGUAGGGAAGUAGUGCUUGUUCAUCUUAAUAGUAAGGACGACGUUCACGUAAUCAAAGCUAACUGUUUUGACACGAACAUAUGAGUUGUCGGGGACCUUGCGAAUUUCUCUAACAAAAGCAUCGAGAUCUGGUGUCGGUACACCGUUGACCGCAGUAAUGUAAACGGCCAUACCCAACUCAAAUUGGUCUGCCGGGGAGCCGUGUGUAACUGUAGUCACAUAAACCUGGGAGGGAAGUUUUGUCGACUGCAUACGAACAGAACGAUGUGGAGCUUGAAGUACAGCGCCCCAGCAAAUCACUACAUGAUCUGUUUCGGUAUUCUUUGUAGAAAACGUCGGAACAGUCAGUUUUAAUAGUUCACCAUAGCGGAGGAUUUCAACUUCCACAGACUCAACGUUCUGUUCGACUUCCAAUUGCUCGACGCUUGUAACCAACUUUCCGUUGAUAGUCAACAAGAGAUCGCCAUCAGUUAAAGUACGUUUAGUACCGGCCUCAACAUGCGUGACCAUGAAAAGUUGUCUUUUUCUUUCGUUCGCCUGCUCGAACUUUUGCACCCAUUCCUGGGUUAAACCCAUGCUACGGGCAUUAUAAAUUUGCACUGCACGAACUUCAACAUUAAGAAGUCUAGGGUCCCCAGUUUCCCCGUUUUGCAAACGCUUGAGAAUGGGUAAAACAACGCGCGAAGAGAUACCAAGCUGAUAUUUUGCGUCAGACCCAUUAGAUCUAUGCUCACCCAAAUGCAUCAACCAAAGUCCAACAAUUUCGCCCAUAUCAUCAGCAAGGACACCAGACUCGCACAUGUUGCCUAAAUUAGACUCAAUGGUUAUGGCUUCUAUAUUAUAAGCACGGUAACGAGGCAUUAGGUUGUGAGGUAUAACAUGAGUUGUUAUGUCAAUAAUGGAAGUUCUUGCGGCCAUCACUCUUGAUCUUACAUUGAAUCCAAAAAAGUUAACAGUGUCACCCUGUUGCACUUGAACGUCGCUAAGCUUUGCGGCUCUAAGAGGUGUGUCACCAACCAAUUUUGGAUCGUAGCGAAUAAAAGCAAGGUUUUGGGUAGGAUGUAAGAAUACAGCUUUUGCAGGAAUGACAACGGAAUUCGCGAUGGUGAUAUUGAUGUCAAGCAUUUCAAAGGGAAUAGUAUAACGACUCGUUACAGCUAAACCUCGUUCAGUGUCCAAGAUUAAGGCAGUUCCUUUGCUGCGGCUUCUAGGAUAACCAUCCAAGCGGACAGGCAAAUAGCAGUCUACCGUUACAAAACAGUUCACAAGACCUGCUGUGGGGCCGAAGCUCUCGACAUCAAUGCGAGGAAUGGACGCCGUUUGAGGCUGUAAUACUUCAGAAGGCACAGGAUCCGCCAAGUUAGUGAAGUCCCAAAGACCUGUUUGAUCAUUACGAACAACAAGACGAAAAGCCCUUGCCCAGUGACGGUCAAUAUCCACUACGGCAGUGCACAAAGUGUGCAUAUCAUGAAUCAAGCGGUAAGUUACCACGACUCGUUUGCGGUCUGGUAAUGUUUUCAUAACUUCAAUGAAAGCGUCCAAGUCUGGUACAGGCUUGUGCGCUAUACUUUCAAGGAGGUAACCAUAGUCUGAUCCUUCCAAAUAGAAAGAACCCGUAGGUUCGCUAAUAAAAACUCGUCUAACGGGAAGAGCAUACUGGCGGGCAAGCUGGUAAGAAAGAUUGUGAAACGUCGCCCCACACACCUCGACAUAGCGAUCGGGGGCAAUUGCAUGCGUGUUGCCAACCGUAAUAGUAAGCUCGACUUUUUCAGGUCCACGUUGAACGGUUAACUGAACAUCUUGCCCAACUAACUCGUCCAAUACGCUUUCCAACUCAAUCAAGUUCACCAAAUAUGAACCAUUCAAACACAAGAGAAUAUCACCCUCUUGGAGCUUUUGGUAUGACGGUCCUUCAGGAAGCACGUUUUCAACGACAAGCAUAUUCGUUGCUUCGGGGAACAGCUUACGAACGCGCUUUUCAACGUCCGAAGGCAAACCGAAACGAGAACACUCGUCAAACGGUUUCAUGAGUAACUGGGCUUGUAUGGUUCCCCGAGUGAUGGGCUUGUUUUGCUGUAAACAACGAAGAGCACGCAAUGGUCUGUCUAAAGGCAAAAAGUAAUCGGUAGCAGCCAUAAGGUGCCCGCCUGCUUGCAAAGCUACCACAUAGCCGUUGCUGUCCACUACAGGACUUCCACUAGAGCCCCCGCUAGCGUUCGCAGCAGCUUGAAUGUAGCUCGUGUUAAAGUCACAGUACGUGUACUCGCCGUAUUCGGGAACAUUGCGAUCAACACGUGAAAUCCAGCCAGCAAGAAUACUCAACUUCUCAGCAGCAUCGUUACCGACAACGCGAAUUUCCUUGCCAACCUUGGCAAGGUCUGGACGCAUCUCGAGUUGCUGAACCUUCAUAUACCGAAUCUUCUUAGGGUCAAAUUUUAGAAUACCAAAAUCGUGCACGGGAUCUCGGUAGAUGGGAUAAACCUCGACUUCCUCGUGAUUGUCCAAGACGGCGCGACCCACAAAUGGACCAGCACAGGCAACAUGACGGUUGGUCAUCAUAUAUCCAUUUUCAGCAUCCACAAUGAAAGCACUAGCUUCACCCGUUUGCGCUCCAUCCGUAUCAAAAGAAGCAACUUGGCUAAAACGAAUGGAAACAACACUCUUCACAACGCGAGAAAUUGAUUCUUUCCAUUUUCCACUUUCAAAAAUCUUUCUAGGAGGCGAGUCAUCUACAAUUUCAUCCAAUGUAACCGAGUCCACAGCCAUCUGUAAGUCAUUGUCGUUCAAAUGAUCGCGUUUUUCCUUGCUAAGAGUCCCAAUUCUUGUUCUUUUUUUCAGUGUCAUGUCUGCUGCAGAAUGGCACUUCUCAGGGUGAAUAAGCUUGGAUGCCUCGUAUUUGGUCGCCUGUAGAUCCGA